AAUGACGAAUGUUUGUUAUUGAGAAAUUUCUUAUCAUAUAAAUAUAUUCUAAAGAAUACCUCAUUAAUAGCCAUCAACACUACCGUAAUACCUUAAAUGGAAAAAACAAUAAUAUACUUAAGUAACAAUCGAAGUUAAUUAUUCAUUAAUUUAUAUUUUAGACACGGUUUUCUUUGGCGUUUUUGUUUCAAAGUACAAAAAAAGUUGCUAAAUAAAAAUAGAAUUGCUCAAUUUAUUGGUUAUUAUUGGUUGAGUAUUUCGUGAUAAACAAUGAAUAAAUGUGUACUUAUUUUUUCUCUGAGCUUUAUUACUGGAAAUCAUCUGUAUUGUAUUAACAACACCAAACAUACAGUGGCAACUGCGUUAUUGUUAAAUGGUUACUCAAGUUUAUAUGAACUUUUUAGUCAAAUUGGAUUGUUUAAUGUGCUUUUUGAUAAAGAACCAUAUAUAAUAUUUAUACCGCAUAAUAGUGCUGUUAAAGAGUUUCAAAAGAUGACCUUUAGUCAAAAAAAAGAAACCGCUGAAAAUUUAAUAUUCAAUAAUUUUCAAAAUAUAUCAUCAUUCAAAGAUGGUCAAAGGCUAGAAAAUUUAAAAAAUAAAACAUUUUUUAUAAACAAACAUGUAAAUAAGUUUACAUCUAUUCCUCGUCUGUGGUUGCAAGGCGCUAAGUUAGGUCGCUCAAGCAUUCUUACUCAAAAAUCCAUACUUUAUGAAAUAAACCACAUUCCAGUUUUACAGUCACUUACCUUAGAAACAUAUUUAAAAAAUUCUGGAAGGCAUAGCUUUAUGUUUGGCUUGCUUGAGAAAUAUAAAGCUUAUUUCACAUUCUUUUACGGGGCAACGUUUUUUUUGCCAUUAGACGAAUCGAUUAAAACUAUGCCGUCAAAAUAUAAAAAUCAAAUAUUUAAUGACGAUGUUAAGUCUAUGAAUUUUAUCCGUGGUCACAUCAUAAAUCAACCAAUGUGUAGUCAGAGACUGCUCAUAAAUUCAGGUGGAAAUACUUUUACAAACGACAUCGGACAACCACUCAUAGUGCAUCAAGAUCAUUAUAAUAAAAAAUCCUUUUACGUUAAUGGUAUACCAGUUAUAUCAACAACUUCAUUAACUAAUGGAUGGGCGUAUGUUAUUGAUGGCGUUAUACUAUCAGAAAUAACUAAUAAUUUGUUGGAAAGUUUACCGCUUCUUCAGUGCCACACAUUCCUUCAAUACCUAAUUAAGACAGGGCAUGCAAAGCAAUUACAAAGUGAAACAACUCCACACACUUUGUUUGUUCCAACAGACCAAGUUUUUGAAAGAUUGAAUAAAGAGAUUAAAAAAAAACUUGAUUCAGAUGAUAAAUAUUUGAUGACUUUUAUGAAACAUCACUUUCUAAAGGGUAAAUACAUUAGUGAACAAUUUGAUGGCAACAGCGCAAUAGAAACAACCGCGAUUGUCAAUCAAACUUACCUCAAACUUCAUUUGCAGACUUAUGGAGAGGUAUCUAGUGUUCAAAAUGUUCUUAUCACAAAACGAGACACUCUAGCAACUAAUGGGAUUAUUCACAUAACGAAUGGCGUUUUAAUUCCUCCAACUCAAUCAUUGUUAGAUAUUUUGCAGAAUACAAAAAAAUUUUAUAUUUUUGCGCAGGAAAUACUGAAAAAUAAAAUUUUAGUCGACAUUUUGAGCAAAAACGACGCGUCUUUUACAGUAUUUGUUCCAACCAACAGAGCUAUAAAUCGUUACAAAAUGUCAAUUCAAAACUCGAAUAUAUCGAACUUUUUUAAUACCGAACUUUUAUGUCGUCACAUUGGAAGUAAAGCUGUUUUUACUAACCACAUGUUUUUAAAUGAAGAGCUUGUUGUUAAAACACUUGAAUUCAAAAAUGGCAAUUUUACAUUCAUCAAACUGAGUAAUAAAAAAAAUAAUGAACCAACCAUUGUAGACUAUCAGUCAACUUUAUUAGCGCAAAAUAUAAUAGCAACAAAUGGUGUUAUACACUCGCUUGAUAAAGUUUUGACUAAUCAAACAAAUGAAAGUGAAAGUGUUUACAUAAGAGCUGGAUAUCAAACAAAAGUAAUAAGAGUAAAAAAAAUUGAAGUGAAGUAAACGUGUUCCACUUAUGGAAAACUUUAACUGAUGAUCAUUUCAAAACUUUAACUUAUAUUUGUCAAUAUUUAAAAUCUAAUUAGACGUGUUACUUUGAGCAUUAAACUAAAUAUAAAAGAAGUAUUUACAAACGUUCAGUUUUGUUUUUCUAAUGGCAAUAUAACACAAUCAGUUCAAGCUGUGGUUACAACAAAUGCAGUGUACGUUCUGAUGAACACAAUUACAGUAGCUUUUAACUGAAAAUAUUUUUUGUUGAUUGAACUAACAAUAAAAACUUAAACUUUUGAUAUAAGAAAAAAAAAGCAUUUCCAAUGUUUAUGAAUGAUACAAGCUUCAUCUGCUACCAAGAUGGUACAAAAUUUUUGCAAUCCCAUUUUUUGAAUUUGUUGGUUUGGCUAUUGGUUUCGUAUUUAAGAAACAUUUCAAAAAUUCUCCUAUAAAUAUUUUCAGCCAGUUUUGAGUGGCCGACUAGCAAUAUAUAUUCACAUAUAUAUU